AUGUCUAAGUCAACACUUUCUGCUAGAUGUUGGGGUUGGGCAUACUGCUUCGUCUGUUACGGAGGACCACUGGCUCUUGCACUUUCCCAUUUGCAUGUGAAGAUGCCAAAGGACGUUAGACUGCAUAGCGAUGUUGAGGGUUGGUGCUGGGGGUUCCCUGGGCAGGACAUGCUGCAGAUUUACAUCCCCGUCUGGGGGAGCAUUGGCGCCUCGCUCAUCAUCUACCUCGGGGCGGUCGGACGUAUUCUUAGAAAUACCCAUCACAACAAGAAGGAGUGGCAGAGCUUUCUCUCCACUCGUUGCUCGACGAGUUCCACUUUGCCUACGGCAAGAAACACAGUCCCAUGGAGGGACUCAGUUCUUUCACUUAGCGACUGGCCCCUUUCUCCGAGUUCUGGGGGUGUCUUAUUCGGCACCCAAUGCGCUGAAGCGAAAGCAAGUGGCCGUCCUCGCCCUGUCACCUAUCCAUCACCCGCAUAUCGGCCGUCAGUUUCAGCGACGGACACUUGGCUUCAUAGUGCCUUUGCCGCUUGUCCCCGGCCGGCCCCUACACCGCCUCCGUCCAAGGGACUUUUUGUGAGGAAUAUGUCGUGGCAUGCUAAAGUCGGGGAUCAAUAUUUAUGGACCGGCCUCAUGUUGGCGGGCUCGUUGCUCGUCACAUGGCUACCAGGGACCAUUGGCCUUGGUUGGAAACUAACUCACCCGGAGUUGCCUGCCCCAUUAGGAUUCCGCGCCACGGUUGCAAUAAUGCUUCCGCUUCAGGGGCUGUGGGUUUCUGGGAUAUUCUUGACCUUGAACUGGAAAGAUAUUCGCCAGGGCACAAUCAGGCCGCCUUCACGUACUGCAAUUAGUGGUCUUCUGGAAGAGCCUCUGCUCCGGCUCCGUGGAACCUCGGUGUCAUCAAGAGGAACGGAUCACGAGGUGGAAAAGGUCAAGAAGGACCUGAAGGUGACAAUACCGUGGAACCGCCAAACGAAGAGCGAUGAUUGGGACUUUGUCGAUAUUGGGAUUCCUUCACGGGCGAACACAGUCACACGGCCGAGGCCGAACAGUGAGCCGGUAAUCUCGCCGCUGCUCCCAAGCCCGGUGAUCAGGCGGAAUGGCCUGUGGUAG